AUGUCAGACGACGAAGUUUCGAUCGAAGGAGGACUAUUUGAAGAGCCAGAUGGGUUUCUCCCGCUGCCACCGCAAUCGCAUUUCGCGACCUACAAGCGCAAAACCCCAAAAGCUCAUCCCGAAGAAAUCACCAUGAAAUUGGUGGGCAAGUCUCCACUUUGGGGCCAUCUACUCUGGAACGCGGGGAUAUACACUGCCGAUUACCUAGAUCGCCACGCGGAGGAGCUCGUGAGGGGGAAACGGGUGCUUGAACUCGGCGCAGCUGCUGCAUUGCCGAGCUUAAUCUGCGCUGUCAAUGGUGCCGCGCAGGUGGUCGCGACCGAUUACCCCGACCCUGACUUGAUUGACCAUAUCAAAUUCAGUUUUGAUAAUUUGGAAAAAAGGAAUAGCAACCACGGUGAUAAUGGUGGUAUUCUGGAGUAUAAAGUGUGUGGGUACAUUUGGGGGAACAACGUUGCUGAAGCAAUCUAUGGCGAAGACAAGCGUGAAUUGCACGAGGAUGAGAAGUUCGAUUUGAUCAUCUUGUCGGACUUGAUAUUCAACCACACUGAGCACCACAGACUUUUAAAGGCAUGUCGAGAAAGUUGCAAACACAAUGGCAAGUGUUUGGUUGUGUUUAGUCCCCAUCGUGCCAAGUUGCUUCAAGAGGAUUUGAGUUUUUUUGCAACUUGCACGCAGUAUCAAUUUGAAGCUGAAAAGAUUGAGAUGGUUAACAUGACGCCAAUGUUUGUCGAGGAUGAGGAAACGGCGGAGGUCAGAUCGAGGGUGUAUGCGUACUUCUUGAUCCCAACUUGGAAAAUAGAGUAA